AUGGCUAGAGCAAUUCCAACAUUUCAAACAUUAACUACAGUCGAAGCAUUUCGAAAAACGAUUAAUGAACAUUUUUCAAAACAAAUUAGUAAUGGUGAAGAAUAUGAUGUGCGUGACAUAAAACGAUUUAAUGAAAUCGAUGAAUAUACACUUAUGUUUAUACAACAUGGACAACAUGGUAAAGCAUUUGAUGAAGCAAAAGCUUUUCAUCAUUUUCAUGAAUCAAUGACAUGGCGAAAGCAACAUAAUGUCUAUGAUGUAUCCACUGAUCAAUUUCCAUCAUAUUAUUUUGAUCGAAAAGCAAUAUUUUAUAAAAAUCAUGAUAUUAAUAAUUAUCGAAUAUUACAUUAUGUGGUUCGUACUUUUAAUAAAGGAGAAGAAAAUAAUGAACUUUUAAAACAUUUUAUGACAUAUAAUUUUGAAGAACAAAUACGAACUCAUCCUGCUCACAUGUUGAUCUAUAAACUACCAUUUAUUUUGCAAGCGGCUUGGAAAUUAAUUAAAACAUGGUUACCAACUGAAACACAAAAUGCUGUUAAAUUUGUUGAUGAAAAAACUAUUACACAAUAUAUUUCACUUGAUCAAUUAUCAAAAGCAAUGGGUGGUACUGCAAGUGAUGAAGCUUAA